AUGCUGCUGCAGGCUGAACGGCCAGACUUGAUCAAUGUGGGCGUCGUUUGGCAGGGAUUGGAAGAUCCACCAUUCUCCAGCACUGAGCUGGCAGAGCUGCACCAGCUCUGGCAAGUGCCGGCAGCCGAGGCAGCUCGCCUCGAAAGCCCUGCACUCAGCGCUCUUCUGGACCGGAAUGAGAGCUUCCCGCAUAUGCCACGCGGCGAGGAUGUGAAGCGGACCGCACUUGUAGGGGGCCACAUUAGGCUUGUCGACAUUCAAGCCAAGGAUGCUCGAGGAUGCCACUGGGCAAGAUAUAUUGCGCAGCUUCUGUGGGAAGGAGAAGAGCUCUACUUGCAGCUCGAUAGUCACAUGCGAUUCACGAGGCAUUGGGACACUGAAUUGCGCCGGCAGCUCGCCCUCUGCUCGCAGAAAGCUGCCAAGCCAGUUUUGAGCAACUAUGGCCGGCCUUACUCGCUGGGAACGCCGGCAAACUGGACUCCGAGCCCAGACCUCCUCACACCAAGCCAUAUUUGUGCCGGAUACUUCGAUGCCGAUGGCAUACUCCGACACCCCUCCAUUCCCCUGCGAUUCAACUGGACAGAGCCUAGAAAGCAUGUCUUCUGGAGUGGCCACUUCUCCUUCUCCUCUGCUCGAGUCCUGCAGGAGGUUCCUUUCGAUCCUCAGCUGCCAAUGGCCCACUUUCCAGAAGAGCCUCUUAUGGCCGUGAGGCUCUUCACGCACGGAUGGGAUGUCUUUGCACCUACUCGGGGGAUCAUUUUCCACCUCUGGGAGCGCGAUUACCGGCGCACCUUCUUCGAGAUGAAGGACCUCUACGCAAAGCUGUAUCCCGUGAGCCUCAAGAGAGUGAACCACCUGCUGUGCUCCGGCGCUCGUGGACCCGACUCCGAGGCUGCCGAGGCAGUCUCCCACGCCUGGCCGUUGCCCGGUGGCCAUGUGGCUGAAGGAAGCGAUCCUUUUGGCCUUGGGGAGAAGAGGUCCUUGGAAGAGUUUGAGCGCCUGGCGGACAUCAGCUUUGCAAAGCGCCGAAUCGGCUCCCGUGCCUACUUGGGCGACCUGCCUGUGCAGGACUACAUCUUUGCUCUGAUAGAUCCGCCGGACCUCGCUCUCAUGUUGCUCCUGCCCGUCGUUGGUGUAUGGUUUUUCUCGGGCAGAUAA